AUGCCCACCUACCUACGCCCACCCUGCCUACGCCCACCUACCUACGCCCAUCUAACUACGCCACCUGCCUACGCCCACCUACCUAUGCCCACCUACCUAUGCCCCACCUGCCUACGCCCCACUGCCUUACCUACGCCCACCUACCUACGCCCAACUACAUAUGCCCACCUGCCUAUGCCCACACUGCCUACGCCACCUGCCUACGCCCACCUGCCUACGCCACCUGCCUACGCCCACCUACGCCUAACGCCCACCUACCUACGGCCCAACCUACCUACCUACGCCCACCUGCCUACGCCCACCUGCCUAGCCCACCUGCCUAUGCCCACCUGCCUACCCCACCUGCCCAUACCUACCUACGCCCACCUACCUAUGCCCCCUACCUAUGCCCACCUACCUACGCCCACCUGCCUAUGCCCACCUACCUAUGCCCACCUCUACGCUACCCACCUACCUACGCCCACCUACCUAUGCCCACUACCAACGCCCACCUGCCUAUGCCCACCUACCUAUGCCACCUGCCUACGCCCACCUGCCUACGCCACCUACCUACCCCCCAACUACAUAUGCCCCCUACCUACCACCUGCCUACGCCCACCUACCUACGCCACCUACCUACCCACUGCCUACGCCCAACUACAUAUGCCCACCUGCCUACCACCUGCCUACGCCCACCUACUAUGCCCACCUGCCUACGCCCACUUGCCUAUGCCCACCUGCCUAUGCCCACCUGCCUACGCCCACCUACCUAUGCCCCCUACUACCUGCCUACGCCCACCUACCUACGCCACCUGCCUGCCCACCUCCUACGCCCACCUGCCUAUGCCCACCUACCCUCCCACCUACCUAUGCCCCACCUGCCUAUGCCACCUACCUAUGCCCUACCUACGCCCACUGCCUAUGCCACCUGCCUACGCCACUUGCCUAUGCCCACCUACCCCACCUACCUACGCCCACCUGCCUACGCCCACCUACCUAUGCCCACCUGCGCCACGCCCCACCUACCUACGCCCACCUGCCUACGCCCACCUACCUACGCCCACCUGCCCCUACUGCCCACCUACCUAUGCCACCUACCUACGCCCACUUAACUAUGCCCACCUGCCCCGCCACGUACCACGCCUACGCCCACCCCCACGCUACUACUUACGCCCACCUACACCUACCUACGCCCACCUACCUACGCCCACCCUACCUACGCCACCUGCCUACCACUGCCUAUGCCCACCUACCUAUGCCACUACCUACGCCCACCUGCCUACGCCACCUGCCACGCCCACCUACGCCAACUGCCCACGCCCACCUGCCUACGCCCACCUGCCUACGCCCACCUACCUACGCCCACCUGCCCAUGCCACCUACUUACAUUCACCUGCCCACGCCCACCUGCCCUACACCCACCUGCCAACGCCGACAUGCCUGCCCACCUGCCUACGCCCACCUGCCUACGCCCACCUACCUACGCCCACCUACCUACGCCCACCUGCCUAUGCCCACCUACUUACGCCCACCUGCCCAUGCCCACCUGCCUACGCCCACCUGCACCUACCUACGCCCACGCCCACGCCCACCUGCCUACGCCCACCUGCCUACGCCCACCUACCUACGCCCACCUGCCUAUGCCCACCUACCUACGCCCACCUACUUACAUUCACCUGCCCACCUGCUACGCCACAUGCCUACGCCACCUACCUACGCGCACCUGCCUACGCCACCUACCUACGCCCACCUACCUACGCCCACCUACCUAUCCCCAUCCGUCCCCGCCCGACGAUAACAUGGUCGUUUCCAGCAUUGUGCUCUAUCUCAAAUGGUGUCAAUUGCACUCUGUUAUCAGUAUGA